AUGAAGCUCCUUACCAAAGAAGUUGAAGAUGCUCACAACAAGGCCGUCCUCCAAGGAGUAACUAUCGGUGGAAUUGCAGGUCUCAUCGGCGGCUGGGCCGGUGUUCUGAUAGCAUCGAAACGAUGGGCCGGAGUCCGGAACCUCACACUCCCCAUGAAAGCGUUCCUGGUGACCUCGACAGGCACGUUCACCGGCAUCGUCGCGGCCGACCAUGGAUCCAGGUCAUUUGAGAGGAGCCAGCGGCAGGACAUGGAAUUCUUAGAAGACCGUGAGAACCGAUUGCGCCAGCAGGAGUUGGCAGAGAUGAGCAUCAGGGAUCGUGUGUUUGAAUUUGCUCGCAGGGAAAAAUAUAAGAUCGUCGGCCUCACCUGGAUCGCGAGUAUGGCCGGUUCGUUUGCUCUCGUUAGCCGAAGCCCAUAUCUGUCUGGUCCACAGAAGAUAGUGCAGGCUCGUGUGUACGCCCAAGGCCUCACUCUGGCUGUUCUUUGUGCUACUGCCGCAUUUGAGAUCUCGGAUCAGAGGAAAGGCCGCGGCAUCGCAGAUGCUGUGAGGGCCAGGUCGAAAAAGGACAAAAACUCUCCCGAUGACCUGUGGAAAGAUAUGGUCGACGCAGAAGAACAUAGAAUGCACGACCAAGAGGAAAAGGUCAAGAAUAAGCAAUAA